CGGGCGGGGACGGCGCAGCCACUGGCCGGGGACCCGGGCGGCGGUCGGCGGGCGGCGCGGGGAGCUGAGAUGCGCCGCGGGCUCCGGGGCGCCUGCGGGGGGACGAGCUAGCCGAGCCGCGGCGCGGGCGGCAGAGGAGCCCGGUCGGCCCGGGCGAGCGAGGGCGGCGGCGCAGGCAGAGCGGCGGCCCCCGCGGCCCGACCCCCGGCGCCGUGCGCCCACCAUGGCCGCCCAGGGCGAGCCCGGCUACCUGGCGGCGCACUCGGACCCGGGCUCCAACAGCGAGCGCAGCACCGACUCGCCCGUGCCCACGGGCUCCGAGGACGACCUGGCGGCCGGGGCUUCGAUGCACAGCCCCGAGUGGAGCGAGGAGCGCUUCCGCGUGGACAGGAAGAAACUCGAGGCCAUGCUACAAGCUGCUGCUGAAGGCAAAGGCAAAAGUGGGGAAGACUUUUUUCAAAAGAUCAUGGAAGAAACAAAUACACAGAUUGCUUGGCCAUCAAAACUGAAGAUUGGAGCCAAAUCCAAGAAAGAUCCCCAUAUUAAGGUUUCUGGAAAGAAAGAAGACGUUAAGGAAGCCAAGGAGAUGAUCAUGUCUGUCUUAGACACAAAAAGCAACCGAGUUACCUUGAAGAUGGAUGUUUCAUAUACAGAACAUUCUCAUGUCAUUGGCAAAGGUGGCAAUAAUAUCAAAAAAGUGAUGGAAGAAACAGGAUGUCACAUCCACUUUCCUGACUCCAACAGGAAUAACCAAGCAGAAAAAAGCAACCAGGUGUCAAUUGCAGGACAACCAGCAGGAGUAGAAUCUGCCAGGGUUAGAAUCCGGGAGCUUCUUCCUUUGGCGCUGAUGUUCGAGCUACCAAUCGCUGGAAUUCUUCAACCUGUUCCUGACGCCAAUUCCCCCUCUAUUCAGCACGUAUCACAAACGUACAAUAUUUCAGUGUCAUUCAAACAGCGUCCCAGAAUGUAUGGUGCUACCGUCAUAGUACGAGGAUCCCAGAAUAACACUAGUGCUGUGAAGGAAGGAACCGCUCUGCUGUUGGAGCAUCUGGCCGGGAGCUUGGCAUCAGCCGUACCUGUGAGCACACAGCUGGACAUUGCGACCCAGCAUCAUCUCUUUAUGAUGGGUCGGAAUGGAAGCAACAUCAAACAUAUCAUGCAGAGAACAGGUGCUCAGAUCCAUUUCCCUGACCCCAGUAAUCCACAAAAGAAAUCGACUGUCUACCUCCAGGGCACCAUUGAGUCCGUCUGUCUUGCAAGGCAAUAUCUCAUGGGUUGUCUGCCUCUUGUGUUGAUGUUUGAUAUGAAAGAAGAAAUUGAGGUCGACCCACAAUUCAUUGCUCAGUUGAUGGAACAGCUUGACGUCUUCAUCAGUAUUAAACCAAAGCCAAAACAGCCAAGCAAGUCUGUGAUUGUGAAAAGUGUUGAGCGAAAUGCCUUAAAUAUGUAUGAAGCAAGAAAAUGUCUCCUUGGACUUGAAAGCAGUGGGGUUACCAUAGCAACCACUCUGUCCCCAGCAUCCUGCCCUGCCGGCCUGUCAUGUCCCAGCCUGGAUAUCUUAGCUUCAGCAGGCCUUGGACUCACUGGACUAGGUCUUUUGGGACCCACCGCCUUAUCUCUGAACACUUCAACAACCCCAAACUCACUCUUGAAUGCUCUGAAUAGCUCAGUCAGUCCUUUGCAAAGUCCAAGCUCUGGAACCCCCAGCCCCACAUUAUGGGCACCCCCACUCGCUAAUCCCUCAACUCCUACAGGUUUUUCUGCUAUCCCACACCUUAUGAUUCCAUCUGCUGCCCAGGCUACACUGACCAAUAUUUUACUGUCGGGAGUACCCACAUACCAGCACACAGCUCCGUCUCCCCCUCCUGGCUUGACUCCUGUUGAUGUCCAUCUCAAAAGCAUCCAGGCAGAAGGCAAAAAAAUCUCUGCUUCUUUAAAUGGACAUUCACAGUCUCCAAAUAUAAAAUAUGGUGCAAUAUCCACUUCAUCACUUGGGGAGAAAGUGCUGAGUGUGAAUCACGUUGAUCCAUCUAGACAGACAACUGGAUCUGAGCAGUCAUCUUCCAAAUCGAAUCGAGCAGAAGGUUGUAAUGACGCUUUCGUUGAAGUUGGCAUGCCUCGAAGUCCUUCCCAUUCUGGCAGUGCUGGUGACCUGAAACAGCUGAUGGGUCACGCCAAAGUUGCCUGUGCUAAGAGACAGACGGUAGAAUUGCUACACGGCACAAAAAACUCUCAUUUACACAGCACUGACAGGUUGCUCUCAGAUCCUGAACUGAGCUCUGCCGAAAGCCCUUUGGCUGACAAGAAGGCUCCCGGGAGUGAGCGCGCUGCUGAGAGGGCUGCAGCCGCCCAGCAGAACUCCGAGCGGGCCCGCCUGACCCCACGGCCCUCCUACAUCAACAUACAGGCUUUUGAUUAUGAACAAAAGAAACUAUUAGCAACUAAAGCUAUGUUAAAGAAACCAGUGGUGACUGAGGUCAGGACACCCACAAAUACCUGGAGUGGCCUGGGGUUUUCUAAGUCCAUGCCAGCAGAAACUAUCAAGGAGCUGAGAAGGGCCAAUCAUGUGUCCUAUAAGCCAACCAUGACGACCACUUUUGAGGGUUCAUCCAUCUCUCUCUCAAGAUCCAACAGUCGUGAGCACUUGGGCAGUGGCAGCGAAUCUGAUAACUGGAGAGACCGCAAUGGACUAGGACCUACAAGUCAUACUGAAUUUGCAGCAUCUGUUGGCAGCCCCAAACGUAAACAAAAUAAAUCAACGGAGCACUAUCUCAGCAGUAGCAAUUACAUGGACUGCAUUUCCUCACUGACUGGGAGCAAUGGUUGUAACCUGAACAGCUCCUUCAAAGGUUCUGACCUCCCUGAGCUCUUUAGCAAACUGGGCUUAGGAAAAUACACAGACGUCUUCCAGCAGCAAGAGAUCGAUCUUCAGACGUUCCUCACUCUCACAGACCAGGAUCUGAAGGAGCUGGGGAUUACGACUUUUGGUGCCCGAAGGAAAAUGCUGCUCGCAAUCUCAGAACUAAACAAAAACAGAAGAAAGCUUUUUGAAGCGUCCAAUACACGCACCUCAUUCCUGGAAGGCGGAGCAAGUGGGAGGCUGCCACGUCAGUGUCACUCAGACAUUGCUAGUGCCAGUGGCCGAUGGUAGCAGUACCCUCUGGCACAGAGUCUGCAACUCUGACACAGGAGCUCUGUGAAGAGCCUUCACUGCACACCGUCCUCAGCAAGCUGGGUGUCUGGUAUCAGGACCAAAGCAUCUUAUUCACAUCUGAACUUUGUGCCAAAAAAAAAAAAAAAAAAGGAAAGAAUCUUAAGUCACCACAGAAAAGUGCCACACGUGGAUUUUUUUUUUAAUGGCAAUUGGACGUUGUUUGCAAUAUAAUAGGGCUUUACUUCCUGUUUUUAUUUACUUAUGUUUUAUUUACCUACAUAACAUAUGCACUGAUUUUUUUUUUUUUUUUUACUUAAAAUGAAGGAUGGAUCGACAACUGGGAUGCCAGAAAACAAGGUUAUUUGCUUGUUUGGGUAUUUCUUUUAAACGAUAAUCAAAAUGGAAUUUUCUGGUACUGCUAUAAAAUAGUUAUCGAGGUCUUCCAGCACUUUAUACCUUCUGAUUUCCUGUCCUGUGGAAAUGAGCUCUUUCAUGCCAUCUAAUGUAUUGGUUCAAAUCAGAUCUUGUCACAUUUCUCUCUGACUGUUAAAUUUUUAUUUGAAAUGGUACUGGACUAAAAGUUUUGUGCAGAAUGUUCCGUGAAUUUAGGAAAUGAGACUCCACUUGGUUCUGGACCAGUUUUACUCAUAUAUGUCCGCAUCAUAGAAAUAUUUAAUAGUGAACAGGUGCAAAGAAAGACCAAGUGAACUUUGCAAUAUUAACCCUUUGUAGUCAUCAUAUUUAGCUGCUGCCUCCAUUGCUAAAAUGAUUUUAAUGGUUGUCUUAAGGCAAAGGACUAUUUUUAGUAUGUUGCCACUAAGGACACUUAUUUAUAUCAAACUUUUAUUUUUAGAUAUUAUAAGCAUACAGUACAUAACAUUAAAUUGAUAUCUACUAGAGAUAUAUGGUAGAGAAUGAAUGGCAUUCAAUAACUGGAGUUCUAGAUUGUCACUUUAUUUAAAAAAAAAAAGACAAUCAUCUGACAAGACAGCAUUGUUGCCAUGGGGAAGAUAAAUAAAUUACUGUUCUUACGUUCACUUUAACUGUGCUCCAGAUGGUCACAGGACUUUGCUGAAGUCAUAUCUGUCUGUGUAAAGUAGACUUGUGUUUGUUGCAAAUGGAAAGACUUAAGUCUCAAGGGAGACAGGUGAGUUCUGAAGAAGGAAACAGCUAUUUUCUAAGUGGCCAGACUCAUUGUUACAAUCUUAUACUGUGAAAGUCCAAGAAGUCAGGCAAGAUUGCCUUAGAUCUUUUCAGACAUCUUAUUGUGGAUUUAUAAAGGGUCUUUUCAAUCCAUGUAGAAAAUCACUAAGUGCCUUCCUUCAAAAAAAAACAUUAUUUCCAAAUGUAUUAAUUUGCUGGAAAACUUGCCCAUAGGAGAUGUUGUGAAUUACCUGUACUGUAAUGACUUAUUUAUGUUCAGUAUUCAAGACUUUCUACAUGGACAUGAACCACUGUCAAGUGCUCUCAGCAGAGACAUUAGAUAAGCAUCCAAACCAAACCAACUGGAGAUGUCCAUGGAAAUGCAGGAUCAAAAACAAAUGCCUAACACUUUUCCUGCGCUAGUCUUACCAUUAAAGUGGAAAUAAAAGUUGAGGGUUUUUUGCACACAGAGAAAAAAUUUUCACUUUUGAACAUAGUGGUUAUCUGUAAGGCAUAGAUAGUGGACCUGCCGUAUAAUUAUCACUUAUCAUAGCACUAAGAGUGAUAACUAUUUGUGUAAACUAAGCCUUAUCUGCUUAAGGAUAUAUAACUAAAUUGUUCCCUUAACAAGUUCACUGAGAUUAGUUUGAGUACAUUGAAUGUACAAGUUAGCUUUUGGAGUUCCCUGCUUAAGGCAGAAGUAUGAACACUUCAUACUGCAUUUUCAGCCCAAUUGGUUUCUUGUUUAACAAUUUAGUUUUCUAACUCUAUUGUUUCUUGAAAAGGGAUUGUUUGGAGUUCAUUUGCCAGCUUUCUACCAUGGAUUUUCAGUAUUAAGUUGAUACAAUUUUAUGAACAGUGUUUGAUACUAUGCCAAAGACAACUGUCCCAAUUAAACUAGAUCAAAUAGGGUGGGUAAGAAAAUAAGAACACUGGAAGUUACUUCUCUCACUUUCUCUUGAUGCAAUGAAGGGAAUAUGACACUACAGUGUACAGUGUUAUAUGAUGCACAAAGUAUUUGGAUUAUUUGAAUAAAUGUUAGUUUUUAAUUGAUCUGUGCCUUAAUAGUGAUUGGUUAUCUGUAAAUAUAGAACAGAUACAGAUUGUAUUUUUGUGUGGGUUUUUUGUCCUUUUCGGUGAUUUUUUUUUUAACAAAAUGAGGUAAAAUUAAACACUGAAAAUGGGAAUUUUUUUCUAAUCAAUUGUUAUAAGAAAAAUAAAUUUAUAUAACCCUUUUGUAUUGA